CUGCGCGACGCUUGCGAGUGCGACAAAUGCGUGGAUCCACAUUCCGGCCAGAAGAACUUUGGCACAACUGAGAUCCCCGACCAAAUAUCGACCAAGAGCAUUCAGCGCUUGGGCGAUGCUUCUCUUCAGGUCGUAUGGGAAAACGACUUUCACUCGGCCGGUGAGCCUCACACAUCUGUUUAUUCUGCCAAGGCCAUCCGGAGCUGGUUCAACAGGUCCCGCGAAGGAUUUCCUUCAUUACCGAACAUCACUCUGUGGGACAAACAACUCUUUGCUGCCAGUCAGCAUAUGGUAAAAUACGAUGACUGGAUUUCAGAGGGCCCUAAUUUCCACGCUGCCAUGGCGCAAUUACAUAAUUAUGGGCUUGUCUUUAUCGACGGAGUUCCCAAGUCCGAGGAGUCAGUAGUCACCAUCGCCAAUCAGAUCGGCCACGUCAUGGAAACCUUUUAUGGACGCACAUGGGAUGUUCGCUCAAAACCGGAGGCCGAAAACGUAGCUUAUACGAGCACCUUCCUCGGCCUGCAUCAAGAUCUCCUCUAUACACGAGAUCCUCCCCGGAUACAACUCUUACAUUGCCUCGAAAAUACAUGCGAAGGCGGCGAGUCCAUCUUUAGCGACUCACAUCGUGUUGCAAACUUGAUGGAACUUGGACCUUCUCGCUACUUCGAAGCAUUACGGAGGAGAGCAGUUCGUUACCAUUACAAGAAAGACGGCCACUUCUACGAAAGUUUGCGAACCAUCCUUGGCAAUAUGGCCAACCCGGUUUUCUGGAGCCCCCCGUUCCAAUCUCCAGACCAACCUUUGCUGCGAAGCCAGAUCGGAAGUGAAUACUACACAGCAUGGCUGGUAGCAGCCAAGAAGUUCCGCGAGCUGCUCGAGGACGAGAAGUAUCUUUACGAGUACAAGCUCAAGCCGGGACAGUGCGUCAUAUUCGACAAUCUAAGAGUCCUUCACGGUAGACGGACAUUCGAUACCACCUCGGGAUCCAGAUGGCUCAAGGGUACAUAUGUUUCA